UGCCACAUAUCUUUGAGCCAAGGUUAAACUCACCUAACCAUCUAACCAUUAUAUCAUAACCGUAGAUCGAUCUUUUUCUAGAGGGGGGCAUUUGACAUUCCUCAUGAUUUGUUCUGCUAGAAAUGAGUUUGAGGUCGAUCUUAGGCGGCUCCGGCCGGGUUAAGAAGUCUUCUAAGAAGCCCAGCAUAAAACGGUCUUCGUCUUCAUCUUCGUCUUCGCCAUCCGCAUGGACUUCUUCGCUGCCUCGUCGCAAACCUGUACCCAAACGUGGGAAAUCGUUAGCAGAAGAUGAAGAUGGUGUGGACGAUUUCUUUAAUGAUAAACUCGAUGACUAUGGUCUUGUCAAAGCCCUAGCGACCGAUUUGAAUUUGCGCGACGUUCCUCAAGCCAUCUUGUAUAUCCGCAGCCAUAUGUUCUCCCCCAUGCCCGAACAAGCCGCUGGAAUGAACUCUACCAGGAUCGCGGAAGUCCUCAACUAUCGGAAACGCCUACCUCCGGUCGUCACCGUGCCGCAUAUACAAGCCCUACUCUCUUCGCCAAGCGCGGUAGAGCGGGAAAUCGCAGAGCUCGCGCGCAGUGGAUUUCUCCGCAAAGUCGUCGUUCCUGGGAGGGGAGACAUAGGCGAGACUGUGAUACUCGCCGCAGACUUUGAACAGCUGGUGAAGGACUCCACGAUAUUGGAUAAGGAUGUCAAAGAUAGCCUGGCUAGGCUUCUAAAAGAGAAUCCGGGGGUUCAAGCACUUGGGCCGAAUGCGCUUCGUGCGCCAGAGGUAGAUCAACUUAUCAGGGCCGGGUUUCUUAUAGCAAACAACACUGGUGCAACGCACUAUGGCUCUGCGUCCCAUAAUACGAACCUGUAUUCGCGACCGGAGGACAAGGUAACACUUACAUCCCUCGAUAUUAUCUCAAAACAACCAACCGGCUCGCUUGGCGCCGUAGGGGGUGAGGGUGUAGUCCAUAAGGCUGGCGGGAAUGGCGGUGGCUUACUUGGCGCAUCUCGGCUCGACGCCACCGGCACCGAGCUCCGACUUGCCGUGCCUGGAAACGGCACAUUCCUAAAGCUUCUGUCCUCUGCGCUCGAACACCUCGUCUCCCUGCUAGGCAAGUCGCGGUUCCGCGAAGCACCUGAGACUGUGCUUAGGGAGCGGUGGAACGGCGGGAUCGCCAAAGAAGAAGCGCACUACGCGGCUAGGCGCUCGCGGGGAGAGUUCGCGAGUAUCUUACCUGGACAGACCAGAAAGUGGAGGCAGUUCUACGGGCUUUCGUUCGACUGGAUCUUGCAGGAGGCGGUCGGGUCUGGCCUGGUCGAGGUUUUCGACACCCGAAGCGUCGGCCGCGGGAUACGUGCCCUAUGAGGUCUUGCGCGACACGCCCCUCCCAUACCUACCGGAUGAAAUCGCCACCCCUCGCCGGCCAACUGUUUUGGGCACACGCCCGUUCAUACAACACUGCCUAGAGUAACCAAACCUAUCUGGGGUUCGAUACGGCACGAUCGGAUCCGGUAGUAUAUAUUUUGAUGCAAGAGAGAAACAUCAUACGAUUGGGGCGACGAUGGAGUUUCCAGGUCGGUUUGCUUGACUUAGCGCUUGCCCAGGCACACAAAGAAAACGCAAGGUUUCAAUCAUGGCGUUCUAGAGUUGAAACCCCCACAAACCCGGUCAUUUAG